AUGGCGUGCAUCCCCGCACGUGUUAUUGAUGGACGCAACAUAAACAAACAGGAGAUGUUUGUAUCCGCAUGGAACGACAAAUAUCUUCAUUUUGGAAACCAAACAACUAAUAGAGUCGAGAGCCAGCAUGCCAAGUUGAAACGAUACUUGGAGUCAUCACUGUCAGAUUUGGUGACAUCACUGUCGUUUAUUCAUCAAGUCAUCCAAUCACAGGACAUAGCUAUCAAAGCAAGAAUUGAGCGAUCUAAGAAUGCCGGAGAAGUUUCAUACAUAUGCGGAUGUCAACUUCGUACGAGCUAUGGAUUGCCAUGUGCGCAUGAGCAAGCAAUAUAUUUGAAUGAUGGUCUUCCCUUACCAAUUGAUUCCAUAAAUAAUUUUUGGAGGAAACUUGACUUAUCACCGUGUGUGUCUCUUCAAGACGAUGACAUCGAUCUGCAAGUGUUCACGGAACAGUUUAAGCAGCAACCAAGGCAUGAUAAAUUCAGUCUUUUAAAGAAGUUGAGGGAGAUAAUCACACCAUCAACAACUUUAAUUCGUGAACCUGUUGUUAAGACGAACACUUGUGGAUGCCCCUCCUUGAAGAAAAAAUUUGCAUCAAAUACUCGUGCUAAUCCGUCUGCAUUAGUGUUCGUUGAGUCUGAUUCCCCUCAUUCUCGGAAACCAAGCAGACACAGUUAUUUGUUUGGAGGCCCUGACUCGAAGAGCGGGGAAGACAUAUUCACUCAUGCUAAUACGACUACAUUUGAGUUUGUUGAGUCAGAUAUUUUUCAGUUUCAAGAACCAGCGAGACACAGUUGCUCCUCUACUUACAACGAUUCUGUACACGUCUAUGUUCGUCAGUUUCCACCUAUACUUCUUCCUUACAUUAUGUAUGUACAAGACGUAAAACUUGAUGGAAAUUGUGGCUUUCGGGCGAUAGCUGUCUGUCUUGGUCUUCAUGAAUAUGCAUGGGCAACUAUCCGAUAUAACUUAAUAGAAGAGUUGCACAUAUUCAGGACACAAUAUGUUGCAAUAUUUGUCAGUGAUGACCAGUGUACUCAUGUUUACAACUCACUAAACUUCUUUGCAUUAGAUGGAGAAGCAUCGAUUGAGCAUUGGAUGACUAUGCUAGAUAUGGGUCUCUUGAUUGCUUUAAAGUUGUCACUUGAUUGCUUUAAAGUUCAAUGUGAUAUUACACGUUUUAAGUGCUGCACAGAGCUUCACGUAUUUUUCACUUCGAUCUACUCCACCACCGUCGUAUCAACAUGUUGCUAUCGCUAUCGGGAACUGGCAAUGAUCGUCAUGAGAAAAACAGGAAUAUGUGUCCUCCAGGCCAGACCAUCAGGGAUCUACUACUACUAUUUAGCCAAACCAACUUAUUGGAAGGAUCCAUGA